AGCACGCAACAAUUUCACUUAAUUCUCUCUUCUUGCUUUCUAGAUUCCAAACCACAGGCUUCUAUAUAUUGCUGUUCAUUUCAAGCCACUUGAAGAUGGUAACUGAAGGUGAAAUUAGUAGUAGAAGAUAUGCUCUUCUGCUAGCAGUGAAUGAUUCUGAGUAUGUAAAGAAAGCAUAUGGUGGCUACUAUAACGUCUAUGUAGAAGCCUUUGGGGAAGAAGGAGAUACGUGGGAUUUGUUUAGAGUCUACGACGGGGAUUUCCCUGACUUCAGUGACCUCAAUAAAUACCAUGGGUUUGUGAUCACUGGUAGCCCCAGUGAUGCCUAUGGAAAUGAUUACUGGAUCCUUAAACUCUGUUUCAUGUUGCAAACUCUUGAUGCCAUGCAGAAAAAAGUCCUUGGCAUUUGCUUUGGUCACCAGGUACUAUGCAGGGCUUUGGGUGGAAGGGUUUGUAAAUCGAACACAGGUUGGGAUGUUGGCUUUAGACAAGUGCAUUUCAUGAAAGAUCUAACUCGAUCUUAUAGGUACCUAGCGGAACAUGAAAUGAUGACAGAAUCGCUUUCCAUCAUUGAGGUACACCAAGAUGAGGUUUAUGAGGUUCCUCUGGGUGCAGAAGUGAUUGCAUCGUCAGACAAAACUAGAGUGGAAAUGUUUGCGAUUUCAGACCACAUUCUUGGAAUUCAGGGUCAUCCUGAGUAUAGCAGAGAUAUACUGUUUAAUCUGAUUGGUCGGCUGCAGAAUAUGAAUGUCAUAGAGGAAGGAUUAGCUGAAGAUUUGAAGUGUCGAUUUCAGUCAGCUGAGGCAGACAAGAAGUGCUGGGGGAAAAUUUGCCGAAACUUUCUCAGGGGAAAAUAAUAGAGCUCGUGCACUUGUUAUGUAUAUGCAUCUGAAUUAAGACCUUUAUUUGUAAAAUAGAACUAGAUCAGUGCCCGCGACUUGGGCAGUUAUUGUAUGGCAUGCCACGUAUGGAAUUACAAAAUAAAAUGAAAUAUGUAACAAAAAAAAUAACCCAACAGGCCGGGUUAAUACUGAAAGGUUUGGAUAA